AGAGAGUGAAGAAGACAUCAUGUGAGGAGGAAGAAGAGCAGAGAGUGAAGUCAUCACGUGAGGAUGAAGAGGAUGAACCGGUCACCCACCGGAAUGCAACUCGUACCGGUCCCUCCAUGAACGCCUCCAUGGCAACCAAGAAAAGGCAGGUGGACUCCCUCUACUGGGUGGUGAAGCGGGGUGACCAAUCAGAGAGUGAGGAUGCAGGUGGGAGGGAGGAGCAAGUGAAAAAGAGGUGGGGUAGGAGAAAGACCAGCAGUAGAGAGGAAGCAAAACAGAAGAAAGGGAGAGAGAAACAAAAGAGAGAGGAAAGUGAUGGAGGAGAGAGCGAGGAGGAGGAAAAAGUGGAGAGGUUGAAGGACGAUGGAGAGGAGAAGAACGAUGGAGAGGAAUCAGAGCAAGAUGUUGCGACCAAACGGAAGCCAGUCUGCGACAGAGUAACGGUCAGCGGGGAGGAAAAUCACCAAUCAGACGAGGAGAGAUCAGUGAGGCGGAGCUGGCGGAGGAGAGCAUGUGCGGAGACUGUCAGCGUUGUCGUGACGUUGGACAGCGAAUCAGAAGAGGACCGUGACUCAGUAGACAAGCAUCUCAGGAAAAAACGGACGCACAGCAAAGCGACUAAACUGAAAUGCAGCGGGAAGAGAUGGGCCGGUGUUGAGGAGGACGGUGGCUCACGAUUGGCCAAGACAGAGGGGAAGCGUCGUCAAAGGGAGGGGCCUAUGAUCUGCGAGACGUGUGGCAUCCUGUGCAGAAACAAGGCAACCAUGGAGCGCCACCGGCUCACACACACGGGCGAGAAGCCGUUCGAGUGCGAGGAGUGUGGCAAGCGCUUCGUCAGCGCGUCCAACCUGCGCAUCCACCAGAUGGAACAUGCCGGAACGAAGGAGUACGCGUGCAACGAGUGCGGCCAGCGCUUCACGCACCUGCCCUACCUGAAACGCCACCUGCUGCGCCACUCCGGCAAGAAGCCGCACACCUGUCCCGCCUGCGGCAAGGGCUUCGUGCAGAGGUACCACCUGGAGCGGCACAAGCGCACGCACGAGCUCUUCAGGUGCGGCGUGUGCGGCGAGGCCUUCAGCCGCAGCCAGACCCUGAUGGCGCACGUGAGGAAGGAGCACCCCGGCGUGGAGGUGGAGGAGGAGGCGGAGGAGAAGGCCCGGAGCGGGAUCCACUGUGAGCAGUGUGGUAAGGUGGUGCCGGGGCCCUCGCAGCUGGCGGUGCACAUGCGCGUGCACACGGGUGAGAGGCCGUUCAGCUGCGACCUGUGUGAGCGCAGCUUCGCCCAGAAGAGCCAGCUCAACGCACAUCAGCGCACACACACGGGCGAGAAGCCGUGGGUGUGUCUCCUCUGCCUCAAAUCCUUCACUCGCCGGACGUACAUGGACCAACACAGGCGGAGUGCACAUGGGGAAAAACUCUGAUUCUACAGCUCAGGGCAACACACACACACACACAUACACACAUACAUACACACACACGAACACACACACAUAC